UUGACCUGCCAAAGAAUUAUGAAGAGAGUGUGUGGGGAAUCUCUGUCUGCACUUCCACACGUUUUAUUUGCGGCCAAUCUUGAUGUGCUCGCCAACUGCUUAUCCUUCACUGCACCGUAUUUAUUGUUGCAGUUCUCUGAUUGUCCUUUUCUCGGAGGAAACGGUUGCUUCUCUCUUCUUCUGUACGGGCAUAUGAUGCUGCCGGCACUUCCCAACGGCAUGGAGUCGGUGGCGGACGAGGAGUUUUCGGAAGUGCUGCGGGAACCGCUGCUGCUGCUGCAGGAUCAGCGGUCGCGGUCCAAUACGACGUCGCAGGUCGCCAUUGUUGGCUCCGAUCUCUGCCCCAUCGAGAGCCUUGACUACGAGAUUAUUGAGAAUGAUUUUUUCAAGCAAGACUGGAGGACUAUGGGAACAGUUGAUAUAUUUCAGUAUAUAUUCAUCAAGUGGACACUUUGUUUUCUUAUUGGAGUUAUUGUGAGUCUCCUUGGGUUCCUCAACAACCUUGCCAUUGAAAAUAUAGCUGGUGUAAAGUUUGUUAUAACCUCCAAUAUGAUGUUGGCUAGAAAGUUUGUUGUUGCUUUCAUUGUGUUUGCUUCUUCAAAUCUUGGCUUGACAUUUUUAUCAAGUUUGGUCACUGCUUUGAUAGCACCAGAGGCUGCUGGUUCAGGUAUACCAGAGGUUAAGGCUUACCUGAAUGGUGUAGAUGCACCUGCAAUAUUUUCGUUUCGAACUCUGGUUGUCAAGAUAGUUGGAAGCAUUUUAGCUGUGUCCUCAUCUCUUAAUGUUGGAAAGGCAGGGCCCAUGGUCCAUACUGGUGCCUGCGUAGCUGCAAUAAUGGGUCAGGGUGGGUCAAAGAAGUUUGGGUUGACAUGCAAGUGGUUGCAGGUUCUCAAAAAUGAUAGGGACAGGAGGGAUCUUGUGACAUGCGGAUCUGCUGCAGGGAUAGCUGCUGCGUUUCGUGCUCCAGUUGGUGGGGUUCUGUUUGCUCUUGAAGAAAUGGCGUCUUGGUGGAGAAGUGCUUUGCUGUGGAGAGCUUUCUUCACAACUGCUGUUGUUGCUAUAGUCCUUCGGGGUCUUAUCGAUGUCUGUUUGAGAGGUGAAUGUGGACUAUUUGGCAAAGGUGGUCUGAUAAUGUAUGAUGUCACCUCUGCAAAUAUAUCCUACCACCUCAGGGAUGUGCCUGCUGUUCUUCUUCUUGCAGUUAUAGGGGGCCUUUUAGGAAGUAUCUACAACCUUCUACUAAAUAAGGUUCUCCAAAUUUACAAUAUGAUUAAUACGAAAGGAAUUGCUUACAGGAUUAUAUUGGCUUGCUUCAUUUCUAUUUCCACUUCUUGUCUUCUAUUUGGACUCCCUUGGAUUGCUUCUUGUCGACUGUGUCCGUCUGAUGCAUCAGAGCCUUGUCCAACAAUUGGUCGGUCUGGAAAUUACAAGAAAUUUCAGUGUCCCCCUGGUUACUAUAAUGAUCUUGCCAGCCUCUUUUUCAACACAAAUGAUGAUGCAAUCAAAAACCUCUUUAGCAAAGGCACUGACACUGAGUUUCAUCAUUCAUCAAUGCUUAUAUUUUUUACUACCUGCUUUUUUCUUAGCACUUUCAGUUACGGGAUUGUGGCUCCUACUGGUCUCUUUGUGCCAGUUAUUGUGACAGGCGCAGCCUAUGGACGUUUCGUUGGGAUGUGUGUCGGUUCUAAUUUGAAUCUAAAUCAUGGCCUCUUUGCAGUUCUUGGUUCUGCAUCUCUUCUUGGGGGAUCCAUGAGGAUGACAGUUUCCUUGUGUGUGAUUAUUCUCGAACUGACUGACAAUCUAUUGCUGCUGCCACUUAUAAUGCUUGUUCUUCUCAUUUCCAAGACUGUGGGUGAUGUAUUUGAUGCAAAUAUUUAUGACAUCAUAAUGACUUUGAAGGGCCUUCCCUACUUGAAACCUCAUGCUGAGCCAUAUAUGAGGCAAUUGACAGUUGGUGAUGUGGUUACAGGCCCACUUCAGAUUUUCCAUGGCAUCGAGAAGGUUGGUAAUAUAGUGCAUGUUCUCAGAACCACAGGGCAUAAUGGGUUUCCUGUGGUAGACGAGCCCCCCCUGUCUUUGUCUCCCCUGUUAUAUGGUUUAAUUCUCCGAAGCCAUCUUGUUACAUUGUUAAGAAAGAAAUUGUUCUUCAAAACACCCACUCCAGUAGGCCUAGAUGCCUUCUUACAGUUUUCAGCUGAUGAUUUCACAACAAAGGAUUUGGGCCAUUGCGAUCAAAUUGACGAUAUAGAACUGUCCGAGGAAGAGAUGGAAAUGUUUGUAGAUUUGCAUCCUUUUACUAACACAUCGCCCUACACUGUGGUAGAGACCAUGUCAUUAGCGAAAGCCCUAAUACUCUUCCGGGAAGUCGGUUUAAGGCAUCUCCUGGUAAUUCCCAAGGUUUCGGGGAGGCUUCCAGUUGUGGGUAUAUUAACGAGGCAUGAUUUCAUGCUAGAACACGUCCAAAAUCUGCAUCCUCGGUUGUCACGCAACAGGUGGAGAAGGUGGAGACUGCAAUUCUCUUAAUUUUUGAGCUGACAACUUAUUGACAGAAUUCUAUCAAAUUGCUGGACCACGUGCAUGAAGAUUUUGUUCAUAACCUCAGUUGUACAGUCACCAGAUGAUGCACCACCACUUUAUUCUUUUUCCUGGUAUCAGGCAAGCUGCAAGAGAUCUCCAACAAUGGCAUUCGUCUCGUAGGUUUGGAAACAUGAGCUGAUCGGUAAGAUGAAAACUCUGUCCUGGUUCAACUUUUAUGAUUUCGUAGUCAAGCCAUCUGCCUAUAUCUCAUCGUAUGUUAGGCGAUCCCUUUACAGUAGUGUUUCCUUCUUGGAUUUUAGCGAGGAAACCAUUGUGUUUGGAAUGUUGGAUUUGGAUUUGGCUAAGAAUUUGAGAUAAAUGGAAUUUAAGUUCCUCUGA